AUGAAUCUCAGCUGGCUGCUCCUGCUGCUUCCUCCCGAGGACACUGCCCUGUGCUCAGCCAUGCCUUCCCUGAACAGAGGCUUCAAGAAGUGGCUCCACACAGAAGAUAUCUCCAAUUUGAAGUCUGUCAGAGGAAUUGUGACCUAUCUCUGUACCGACUAUGGCUGGAUUAAUGAAUCUAUCUUUUUCAAUACUGACAUGGUGUGUGGCAAAGUCCCACUGAACAUUGGGACAAGUGUCAUUGCUCUCGUGGAAGAAAACGAAACAACUCAUAUCCAAAAAGCAAUCAAGGUGAAAACUGUGACUAACCCUGUUGAUGGUACUGAGCAAUCAGACCUUGACAGAGAACUUUGUAUUAAGAGUGUCACCUCGGUCACACAGGACAGCAUCUAUAUCGACAAGGAAACAUCUUUCCCUGUCCAUCUCUUUUCUGAAGAAUUCAUGCCUUUCAAAGGAGACUUGUUGCUGGUUGAGUAUUCCAUGAAGCCGGGCACUUCAAACAUGAACAUCCACACCGUGAGCCCCUUAAGCUCCCAGAAUAUGGAUGAGGUCUGUAUUACCAGUACUGAUGGAAAAACUGGUGUGGUGGAAUCCUGCAUCUUUUUUACUGUGGAUUCUCUCCAGAAGCCUUCUGAUUAUACUCCGGGGUUGUAUGACAUCGUGAAUGUGGUCGCUGUGGACAGCAUUCAACCACACUGUUCUUGGAGAGCAGUAUCAAUGAUCCCAGUGGAAAUGUGUAUUGACCAAGCCUUGUAA